ACAUGAAAAUUUCGAUCUAUUCGUGAUGCAACAUAACGAGGUUAACUGUAUUGCGAUUUUUAGGUUAGGCUUUAAAUUUUUGCCUCCACGCUGCUAGCAGGUGCUUGAGUUUUAGAUAAUCUUCACGUUUUUCGAAGUAGAAUGUUAUAAAUAAUUUCACAAGCAAAGUUUUUUAUUCAGUCCCUGUAAGCGGAAAGUUUUGUCAAAAGAGCACAUAAAUUUUUUUAUCUACGAUACGAUCUGGUGUGGAGGCGCAUAAAAUGGAGUACAUUGAAGUUCCUGAUGAAGCACAGAAGAAAGGAAUGAUCCUCUGCUGUGAAUGUGGGCUUCUUAUUGAACCAAAUCCUGCCAAUAUGUGUGUAGGAUGCCUGCGUACGCACGUCGACAUUACUGAGGGCAUCCCCAAACAAGCAACCAUUCAGUUUUGCAAAAGUUGUGAAAGGUAUCUUCAGCCACCUGCUGACUGGAUUCAUGCUGCACUGGAAUCCAAGGAACUCUUGUCGCUGUGCUUGAAAAAGUUAAAGGGAUUGAAUCGCGUGAAGUUGAUAGACGCCAGUUUUGUAUGGACCGAACCACAUUCCAAAAGAUUGAAAGUAAAACUAACUGUUCAUGCAGAAGUACUUGGUGGGACAGUCCUGCAGCAAGUAUUUGUAGUUGAAUAUGUCGUCAAUCAUCAGAUGUGUGAAGACUGUCACCGUGUAGAAGCUAAAGACUAUUGGCGUGCAUGUGUACAAGUUCGACAGAGAGCAACAAACAAGAAAACCUUUUAUUAUUUAGAACAGUUGAUAUUGAAACAUAAAGCACAUGAGCAUACACUGGGUAUAAAACCUAUUCAUGACGGUCUAGACUUCUUUUACGCAAACGAAGCUACAGCUAGAAAAAUGGUUGAUUUUCUAAUGACGGUCAUGCCAUGCCACUACAAUCAUUCAAAGAAAUUAAUUUCACACGAUUGUCAUAGUAAUUUAUACAAUUACAAGUUUACAUUCAGCGUUGAGAUUGUUCCACUUUCCAAGGAUAGUGUAGUCUGUCUACCACGAAAAUUGGCUCAACAAUUGGGUGGCAUUAGUCCUAUUUGUUUGGUAUAUCGAAUCACAAAUUCUGUGCACCUUAUAGACUUUUUAUCAGGACAAAUUGCUGAAAUUAGUGCGACUGUCUACUGGAGAAAUAACUUCAAUAGUAUAUGCGAUCCAAAACAACUAACAGAGUAUAUUGUGAUGGAUAUUGAACCAAUAAAAAAUAAAGAUAGAAAAAUUUUCCCAGGACAAGGAUCUAUUUCUAAUAAACAUAUUAUAGCGGAUGCAUGGCUAGUGAAAGCAUCUGAAUUGGGGAUAAAUGAUAAUCCAACUCACACACGUACACAUUUAGGCCAUAUACUUAAACCAGGCGAUUCAGUACUUGGCUAUACUCUGAAAGAGAGUAAUAUUAACGAUACCAAUUUCGAGAAACUAUCUGAAGAUUUAAUACCCGAUAUUGUUUUGGUAAAGAAGUUUUACAACCACAACAAGGCGGCCCGUCGCAAAGCACGAGUGUGGAAGUUGAAGCAUAUUACUGACGAAGUAGCCAGCAUGAGUACAGAAAAUAACGAAUAUAAUGAAUUCCUUGACGAGCUGGAAGAAGAUCCAGAAUUGAGGCAAAAUAUUAAUAUAUAUAGAGAUAUUCGAAAACACAUCCCAGUUGAUACUAACGAGAUAGAUCCGAGCAUUCCGCAGAUUACACUCGAAGAAAUGAUGGACGAUCUUGUAAUCGAAGAUUGAAGUAUACGUGACUAAAAUAAUCUUUUUAUAUAUAUAUAUGUCUGAGAAAUGUAUUGGCGAUCUUGUAAAAACAUCUGCGUUGUAUAGCACGUGUAUAAAUUGAUUACUAUGAAAUUACAAUAGCAUAUUUUUAUCUAUAAAAA